GAAAACAGACAAUGGCGACAUGAAUGUAGCGUGUGUUUGGAAACGAAAGUGGAUAAAUAAGUGUUGGUAUUUGUUGCAGUUUCUAAAACAACUGGAUUAGGCGUGACUUCUUAAUAAAUAUAUUGCAAUGUACUUGAUUCUUUAUAAGUGUUAACAUUGCCGAGUUAUAGUUAUUAUUUACACUACAUAAAUCUCAGUACUUCAGUGGUCCAGAACCGAAAAAGUUGACAAAUGAAACCGACUCGAUCAAAGUAUUGGGAUUAAAAUGCUGAAAAGAAUUCCAGAGACUUUUGACUUGAGGAUAAACAGAGGAGGUUAAUGAAUAACGAAGGGAUGGUAAAGUGAAAGGACAUGAGCCAUAACAUUGGAGGGAUGGCGCCCUUUGUCAGCAUGCCAAGGGGGAGGAACCACAUGUACUUCCAAAGUCCUGGAGGGGAUACACAACAUAUGCAGCGAGGCCCUUGUUUUCAUGAUGAGCGGAAUGAAAAACAUCUGGGAAACUCAUGCGGAAUGCCACUGGCAGGCCUGGGGGAAUUCAAACCUCCUGCAGGUGCAGUCCCUGAUCCACCCCCUGCGAAGAAGAAGCGGCGGACCUCCAAUGCAGCUACAGUACCCGCUCAGCCAACAUCAGCAUUGCAGGACCUUCUUCCACCACCACCACUUACAGGAUAUGGAGAUACAAUCGUUGCAUCAAACCCUUUUGAUGAUACACCUCCUCAGCUUCCCCCCUCAAUGGGCAUGGGUCAUGGGCAUCAUGUCCACAUGAAUCAUCACCACCAUCACCAUCACCACCAUAUGGGUGGCCCUCCUAUGGGUGGUAUGAGCCCUCUGAACAACAUGGGUGGUCCUCCUAUGUCAAGCAUGGGUGGACCUCCAAUGAGUAGUAUGGGAAAUCAUCCCAUGGGUGGCCCGUCUAUGAACAGUGGUCCAAUGGGCGGUCCGCCAAUGAACAGUGGUCCUCCUAUGGGCAGCCCUAUGAACAGUUGCCCACCAAUGGGGAGUCCAAUGAACAGUGGACCUAUGAGUGGCCCUAUGAAUUCAGGUGGUCCUAUGGGCAGCCCUAUGAAUAGUAUGGGAGGCCCUAUGAUGAACAGUGGCCCUAUGGGCAGUCCAAUGGGCCCCUUGGGGAGCCCAAUGAACAAUAUGGGUGGUGGUCCUAUGAACAGUGGUCAUAUAAAUAAUGGGCCAAUGGGUGGCCCCAUGAACAGUGGACACAUGAGUGGUCCUAUGGGUGGGCCACCAAUGAACAGUAUGGGAGGCCCCAUAAGUGGUCCACCCAUGAACAGCAGUCCCAUGGGUGGUCCACCUCUAAAUAAUGGUCCUAUGGGUGGCCCAUCAAUGAAUAAUGGUCCUAUGGGAGGCCCUGCAAUGAACAGUAUGUGUGGGCCCUCAAUGGGGGGUCCACCAAUGAACAGUGGUCACAUGGGAGGGGGAAUGAAUAUGGGACAGAUGAAUAAUAUGGGCACCAUGAGUCCAAUGAAUCACCAUCACCAUUCACCUCACCAGCAUCCAAUGGGCAAUAUGGGCCCAGUGGGUGGUAUGGGAGGCAACAUGGCACCAGGAAUGCAUCACAUGGGCAUGCAUGGCCCUCCACAUGGUCCUCCUCAUGGCUUCCCUGGUCCAGGAAUAGGACCCAAACCCAUGCCAGUUUCUGCAGGCAAGGUGUAUCCACCGGAUCAGCCAAUGGUAUUCAACCCGCAAAAUCCCAAUGCACCUCCCAUCUACCCUUGUGGUACCUGCCAUAAGGAAGUUCAUGACAAUGACCAGGCCAUUCUCUGCGAGUCAGGCUGUAAUUUCUGGUUCCAUCGAGUAUGCACUGGUUUGACAGAAGCAGCUUAUCAAUUGCUCACAGCGGAAGUGUACGCGGAGUGGGUGUGUGACAAGUGUUUAUCUUCCAAAAACAUACCAUUAGUGAAAUUCAAGCCAUAAUAAACAUUUGCUCCUUAUCAUCCCCCUCCCCACCUUCCCCCGUUCCAUUCAUGGACAAAAUACGUACCGAUCUAUUGUCAAGUCAAUCUCCUGCCUGCUGCGUUGCCGAAAGAGUGAGAGAGAUUCGGCACUGAAGAAUGUGUGUGAGCGUUUGUGUGUGCGUGUGUUUUUGCUGCUUGCAUGAGAGAAUGGGUGGUUCAAAUAAUUUACAGUGUGUGAAAAAUGUUUGUAAUCUAUGCAUACUUCCUUCUUGGAAAUCUUACUUUAUGAAUUAUAUUUUUUAUCUUCUGUUCUUAAUACUUAACCUACUGUACUUUUGAUGAGUGUUGAUUUUAUUUUUAGGUAUUAGGCAGCUAACCUUGUUUAAUAAGUGACAACACAAUCAAUUUGGUGACUACAUACUAUAUAAUAAUUGUGUUCAUAUUACUUAUUAAUUUACAAAAUUAAGACAGUUUUUGUGACUUGUCUUUUUGAGAUAUUAUAUCGUAUUUUGAGAUAAUUUUUGUACAUACGAUAAAACUAUUGUGUGGUCGGGUUUUUGUCAUGUAAGUUUUUUUUUUCCCCUGUAAAAUAAUCUUGUAUGAAAGUACCUACAUUGCAUGAUCACAUGGUCACAGAGGAGCUUUUUUUAAAGUAACUUCCUUUUUUAAGUUCUUAAUCUUCAUCAUAAUUAAAAUAAAUUUCAAUUUAAAGAGGUCUUGUAAAAAUCUUCACAAAUCAACUUUUACUGAGUAUGCUAACUACUAAAGGAAAAAUGUGCAUAGUUUAUUUUUUAUCAUGUGAAUAAAUAUAUUAGCAAUAAAAUUUGUUAUACAUUAUAA